CCGACAGGAAUUGCGUGGUUGAAGGAACUGCGCUUCAAGUUAACCGUGACGUGUUGGCUGUGCUUCGAAGGAUCCUGCGAAAGGAUCAAACGUCCAUUCCUUUUUCACAGUGUCCCCCAUCGUUUCUCUCACACUGACUCAAUCCAAAUCCACGACCACUCGCGAUGAGUGCAGACCAUAGGCCCGAUCCUCCUCCAGGAGCCAACAGAUCCAGCCAAGCAAAUGUUGGUGAAAGCCAGAGCGCCGAACCUCUUAGAGGGGUCUGUCAGUCCCUGCGGAAAUUAAAAAAUGGGUUCACAAAAAAACUUCCUAAACCAUUCAAGCGAAAACGCAACCACACCAUUGUGGCCCAGAACGUCGAACUUGAAGGCGCUUCAGUACCUACUAUACAGGUUGAGACUGCUCCUUCUGAUGUGGAGGAAGGUCCCAAUCCCCAAUUAGUCGAUGCCGAACUUCAAGGUGCCCGUGAGGGUAUGGAAAGUAUGAGACUACUCGGGGGACGUACAAUUUCUGUGGCAUCUGCGGCCAGCAAUGCCUCAGCAGGUCUCACCGCUAUGGAUGAUUUUGAGACGACAUAUCUCCAACCCCUAAAUAUUAUCGACGCUGUCCUUGAGAAGAUUACGGAUGUAUGGGUCAUUCUCGUUCAUGGGAAGCGAACUAAUCAAGUUGUGUAGGUACAUCCGUACGCAAAAAUGGUGUUGGGUGUACUGUCUGCUGCGUCCAAAGUGCGUUCAGUUUCUCCCGAAGUUCUGUCUCCUGCUCAGGA